UCAAUUAGUGGCCAAGUUUAAAGAACAGAGCUAUUCCCAGGUGGUUUCCAUGCUACCUCAGGAAAGCUUGGAGCAGCUCCCUGAGAUCCUUCAGGAAGAGAGCCAGCAGCCGCUGGAUGUUGGGGCUGAUUUUGAAGUGAUUUUGGAAGGGAUUAAUAAGUUUAAAAGAAAUGCGUUUAGAGGGAGAAGAGUAGCAAGAAGAGGGUAUAGAAAUGGUUUUAGAGGCUUCGGAAGAGGCAGAAGAGGUGAUAGAUAUUACGGAAAAGGAGACUUAAGAGGUGAAGUUCCUGAAGAAGAAAAGACACAAGAGAAAGAAUUUAUCGAAGAAAACAAAAUCUUUAAUGGAAUGGAGGAUCUCUCAAAUCACAGUGACGAGUUAAUAGACCCAGAUACUUUAGAUAAAAGUGAUGUCCAUACUAAACUCAAACAAAUUUAACACCGCUGCUCAAGAAAUUCAAAUUCCCCAAAACAAAGUUUCACAGGAUGAGGAAAAGCCAAAAUAAUAAGCCAAAAAAUAAAGUUUUCGUGCCGAAAACAUUCUUAAAGCAAUUCCCUGGCAUUGAAAUUUAGUGAUGAAGUUAACAAACAGACUCCUGAAAUGAAUAUUUCAGAACAAGAAGUCAGAAUUUCUCCAGAUUCUAUAAUCCAAGAAUGCUCGAUCAUUCAUAAGAUAGAGCCUCAAGAGGAAACUCUGACUAAAGAAGAUCAGCCUCCUAUCGAAGAGGAACCUCAAGAAAUUUCUCAUGUAAAAACCCCUCAGCAACAAGAGGUAGAAAAAGAAGCAAAAGCUCAAAAGAAAAGAGAGAAAAGAAAGCGACAAAAACAGAACAAGAAGGAGCAAAAGAGGCAAGAACAACAAGAAGCAGGCCAUUCUGAGGCUCAAAUAGACUCUUCUGAGCCCACCACUGAAGAGGUCAGCCCUGAUGUAGAGAAGAUCAAAGAGCCAAUUACCCCUAAUGAAACUAAAGAUCUGUCAAAAGAAGAGACCCCUCCAAUCAACCAAUGGGAUAAUACUUCUGAUAACCUUGAAAACGAAUGGGGGAUUGAAAGAAAACAGAAAGCUCCAAGCGAUCAUGAUUCUGACUCUGGCUGGGGUCCCAAAGAAGAAACUAAAAGAAGCUAUGACUCCUCAGACAAUGAACACAAAGAAGAUAAAGGAAAUUGGGAUGCAGAAGAUAGCUCAGAUCAAGAUGAUGAAACAGAGAAUGGAGAUAACUGGGGAAUUCAGGGAACUCAACACUCUCAUAAAAAGCAAUCAAAUGACAGGAAACCUCCUCAGAAAAGGACUCAAAAAGAAUCUGCACAGGUCAACAAGAAAGAUUCAUCAAAGCCAAGCCAGAAAGCUAAGAAAAGUGCAAAGAAGGAGAUGACUAAUCCCAAACCCGCCAUUUCUCCAUCAGUCCAAAAGGCUAAAAAGAAGCAGAAAAAGGUUGAAAAAGAAGCUGAAAUGAACUUUGAUAGUCUCCUAGAGCCAAUAGAAGAAAAGAAGAAUCCAGUCGAGUUUGAAUCAGUAAAGCCUAAAGAAUUUGAAUACGAACGGAAAAUAAAAGAAGAGCAGAUGAAAAUCCAGAAGGAGAAUGAAGAUAAGAUUGAUCCUACCCAAAUAUGGGGCAAUAGCGGCUCUGUGAAACAGAAGCCAAACCCGACUAAAAAUACACAAAAAGAAGAACAUUUUCAAAUCACCAAGCCCAAAAAUCCCGGCUUUUCGAAAUAUGAACAGAGAAGGAAGUCCAGAAGCCAUUGCCUAAAGAAAAGACCAAAAAAAUCUCCUAAAGGAAAGGGUGAAGAGCUAAUCAAGUAUUCUAAAGGCCAAGCUAAUCCUCAAAAAUCCAAGAAAAACAAGAAGCAUAAGCCUCAAAGAGCAGAACCUGAAAUCCCUGAUGGUGUAGUCAUAGACCCUGUCUUGAUCAAAGAAGAUGCAAAAGUCGUAGAAGCCAAACCAACUUCAAAGAAGAAUCCAGCCCCAGCUAAGAAGCCAGACCCUGAACCUGAAGAUGAUCUUCUUGCUCAACUUCUUCGUGAAGAAGAGGAAGAAAAGAAGAAGAAGCUAGAAGCUUCUAAAAAGGCUGCUCUCAAGAAACAGAAGAAGAUAGACCAGGUCAACCAAAAGAUCAUUGAAGAGGAGCAGAGAGUAAAGGCCGAGCAAGAACUCGCCAAAAAGAAAAAGGCGGAAUAUCGUAGAAACAAGAGAAAGAAGGGUAAGCAAAACAAAGACCAAAAUCCAACCACUCAAAUUCCUCCGAAAGAAGAAAAGAAAGUCGAAAAACAGAUAUGUUCGCUGGGUAGUGAACGAAUCAGAAAAAUGGAACAAGAAGCGUACAUAAUUGAGCAAAAGGAUAAAGCUGUCGUUAAGACUAGAAAGAAGCAGCGUAAAAAUGCCAAGAAUCCGAAGAAUCUGAAGAAUUCGAAGAACCCAUCGAGCACUGGACCUUUAACAAUGGAGGAGAUUUUUGAACUUGAUAAGCAGAAGAUGGCUGAAGAGAAACAGCUAGCUCAGAAAAAGAAGCAGGAGGAAUAUGACCAGAAGAUGAAACCUCUUCUAGGCAUGAUCGGAAAGCCCAAGUAGGCAGCCUGGCUGCUCUAGACAUGCACUAUGUAACUAAGGAGGGAGCG